AUGGCCUCCCGUGUCUUCACUCAGCGCCUGGCUACCGCCAUGGCCCAGUCCUCCAAGGUCGCUCGCCCUGCUGCCCGCGUCAACAUGAACGUUGCCGCCAAGCGCACCUUCACCCAGAAGGCCCCUGCCACCACCUUCGCUGCCCCCAAGCGCGUCGCCUCUCCCACUCUCCUCCAGGCCAACGCUCGCCAGGCUUUCCAGCACGCCGCUCGUCGCCAGUACUCCUCUGAGGUCGCCACCGCCAUGGUUGAGGUCUCCAAGAACAUUGGUAUGGGUUCUGCCGCCAUCGGUCUCGGUGGUGCCGGUAUCGGUAUCGGUCUCGUCUUCGCCGCUCUGCUCAUGAGUGUUUCCCGCAACCCUGCUCUCCGUGGCCAGCUCUUCUCCUACGCCAUUCUGGGUUUCGCUUUCGUCGAGGCCAUGGGUCUGUUCGACCUGAUGGUUGCCAUGAUGUGCAAGUACGUCUAA